CUGGAACUGGGCUGGCCAUAGGGGGAAGCGGCGCGUUAAAUCCGCCCCCUCUCCAUACCCUACUUUCAAGGGGUGGGCGGUAGAGGGGAGGUUGGGGUUGGAGCAGCGGCGAAGGGGCCCCUCCCUUGCACCUCCCCCCACCGGACUUGGUCGCGCCCGAAGUGUAACACUUUCUCUUUGUCGGAGGAGCUCCUCUGUUUCCUGUGCAGUAGCUCCCGUUGCGGCGGCACCCGUGGCAGCCCUGGCGGACGCAGGAGCGAUGGCAGCGACCGAUAUAGCUCGCCAGGUGGGUGAAGGUUGCCGAACUGUCCCCCUGGCUGGACAUGUGGGGUUUGACAGCUUGCCUGACCAGCUGGUGAAUAAGUCCGUCAGCCAGGGCUUCUGCUUCAACAUCCUGUGCGUGGGAGAGACAGGUUUGGGCAAGUCCACCCUCAUGGACACCCUGUUCAACACCAAGUUCGAAGGGGAGCCAGCCACCCACACACAGCCGGGUGUCCAGCUCCAGUCUAAUACCUAUGACCUCCAAGAGAGCAAUGUGAGGCUAAAGCUCACGAUCGUUAGCACAGUUGGCUUUGGGGACCAGAUCAACAAAGAGGACAGCUACAAGCCCAUCGUGGAAUUCAUCGACGCACAAUUCGAGGCCUACCUGCAGGAAGAGCUGAAGAUCCGAAGAGUGCUACACACCUACCAUGACUCCCGAAUCCAUGUCUGCUUGUAUUUCAUUGCCCCUACGGGUCAUUCCCUGAAGUCUCUGGACCUAGUGACUAUGAAGAAGCUGGACAGUAAGGUGAACAUCAUCCCCAUCAUUGCCAAAGCAGAUGCCAUUUCGAAGAGUGAGCUAACAAAGUUCAAAAUCAAAAUCACCAGUGAGCUUGUCAGCAACGGAGUCCAGAUCUAUCAGUUUCCUACAGAUGAUGAGUCAGUGGCAGAGAUCAAUGGAACCAUGAACGCCCACCUGCCAUUUGCUGUCAUCGGCAGCACAGAAGAACUGAAGAUAGGCAACAAGAUGAUGAGGGCACGGCAGUAUCCUUGGGGCACUGUGCAGGUUGAAAACGAGGCCCACUGCGACUUUGUGAAGCUGCGGGAGAUGCUGAUUCGGGUCAACAUGGAGGAUCUGCGGGAGCAGACCCACACCCGGCACUAUGAGCUGUAUCGCCGCUGUAAGCUGGAGGAGAUGGGCUUCAAGGACACCGACCCUGACAGCAAACCCUUCAGUUUACAGGAGACAUAUGAGGCCAAAAGGAACGAGUUCCUAGGGGAACUCCAGAAAAAAGAAGAGGAGAUGAGACAGAUGUUCGUCCAGCGAGUCAAAGAGAAAGAAGCGGAGCUCAAAGAGGCAGAGAAAGAGCUGCAUGAGAAGUUUGACCGUCUGAAGAAACUGCACCAGGAUGAGAAGAAGAAACUGGAGGAUAAGAAGAAAUCCCUGGAUGAUGAAGUGAAUGCUUUCAAGCAAAGAAAGACGGCAGCCGAGCUGCUCCAGUCCCAGGGCUCCCAGGCUGGAGGCUCACAGACUCUGAAGAGAGACAAAGAGAAGAAAAAUUUGGGCUUCCUGUAGACACCCUUUUCCUGCGCAACAGAGCUGGGCCUCCCUUUCUCUAAUUUCCCCCUUAACAUGCCUGGGGGGCAUACAAUCCAACCCGCGCCCUCUCCUCUCUUCCUGCCAAGGUUUAUAGAAACCUGAGAAUCUGAGGGUGAUGUCUGGCCGCUGGUCAAGAAGCCAACAGUCAUGUGGCUCGCAGAUGCAUCCUGCAUCCCAGUCCCCCUCCCAGCACCCCCAGCCAUCCCCCCUGUCUUCCCCCACAUCUUUGCCAGAGGUGUGACAUGGUCAGGGGGCCCAUCUGCUACUCUUCCCCACCAGCUCCCCUGGUCCAGUUCUGGUUGCUGUUAGAUUCCCUGAGGUAUUUGCAACCACCAUGGCUGGGUAAGCACCGAUCAGCACAGCUGUCCCCUUGGUCUCCUGUAUCCCAGUCACUAGUCUUCCCUGGCCCACCCCACCCUCAUCCUCAGGAGCCACAACCAUUUCUUGGAGGGUUUCAAAAGGACAGCCUUUGGCGCCUUUUCCUUCUAACCUUUGAGUCCAGCCCUUUCCAGUUUUCAUUCACUCGAAGUAACUGCACUCAAGCUGUGCUCAAAAUCAGCAACGCAUUUAUUUACACCAAGCCCUUCCCAUAAAACACAACUGAUGAAGAAAAUAGCAGACGUUUCCCCUCUUUCUAACUCUGGGUAUCCCACAGAUGCAAAAGGGAGAAUAAACCUGAAUAUUAUUACCAGCCUAGAGUCUUGAAUGAUAGCCUUACCGAAUUCUUCUUGUGAGGUAUUUCAGCAUCUUGGGGGGUAAUUUCCGGAAGGGCUCCAUACUGUCCCAAUAAGGUGAGGCCAGUAGCAGGAAUAAUAAAUCCCACUUUGUAGGCUGGAAAACUGAGCUGUCAAAGAAUCAAGUGUUUGGAGAUUUGCUCUGAUGAGUCUUCUAGUUCAUUUAGUGAACGCCAUGAUGAUUUUUAACAUGCAUUUUGCAUGCAUCCCCCAAUAAGAAGAGAUGAGACUCUGCUGCAGAGAAGAAAAGAGGUGUUACACCUUGGAAGGCCCUUAACUUUCUUUCCAAUUUAAGGAGUUGAGAGUUUAAAAAUAUUCCAGCCCUAAGUUUUUAUCAUGGGUCCCAUCUGAUAGUGGCUUUGGGAACCUCUGUGAAGUAGAGAGCCCUCUCUUGUCAGGGUUAUGAGGCACAGUGGCCUUUGGUGUUUGGCCAGUGACAGUGUGAGAGAUGGAGUUGACCUGGCAAUGAUCUGUGGCUAACAUGCCGUCUCUCUGCCCUUCCUUUGCAGUAAUCCAUGGCUGUGUACUGAAUAGUAUUCCCCGCUACAGCUGGACUGGACUCCAUUUAGCCUUUUAAGCCGAGGUUCUUAUUUUAACUGACAGCUUUCCUUUGGGGUGCCAGGCAGCCAGACCCCCCACCCCUACCCUGCCAUGUACUUCAAGCUCACUUCUUUUUGAGUUCCACAACUUGCUCCUGCCUCCCAGCCCCACUGGCACUGACCAUGACCACCUACUUCUAUUUUUUUUUUUAAGAGUUUCUUUUUUUGAUCACUUACUUUCAAAGCACACAGUCAAACAAGGUUAUGCCAAAUUUCCAGGCCUUUUUGAAGUAUUGAGAAGGGGAAGGGGAUUUCUCACUUCAAUUACAGAUCAUAAUAGGAAGCAAAAAGAAAAAAAUGAAAAGCAAACAUAUGCAUGUACUUUUCUUAUUGGCAAAGCAAGAGUGUAGGUUUGCUGUGUAGGUUUGGUGCUCUACUGAUUGGUGAGUGACCAGAGCAAGUAUGAAGGUGAUGCUGCCAAAACACAAGCCAGUUUCUUGGGAAAAUUCAAGUUACAGUGGAGUAUUUUUUUGAAGACCAUAUGCUUGGAGGUAGAAACAAACCAACAACCAAAAAAAAAAAAAAAAAUCUGCUCAGAUACUCAGCCAGAAGCUCAGAGAGAUGCUGAGUUAGGCCUGUCAGGUCUCCUUGGGAAAGGAUUCAUAUUUGCAACUUUGAUGAUUCUAUGUCCAGCUUCAGAGCUGCGUUCCCAGAAAUUCAUGCUUAAACAACCAACUGGUAACCACCACCUCCCCACACCGCCGCCCGGUAAUUAUUUGCAUUACAAACCGGAGGCGCCCUCAUUUGCAUUUGUGUACAGAUGAACUACUUAAGACUUGAGAAGCUCUGAAUACUUCAAAAGUAUUAGACCCACACAGCCUUGGAGAGACCUUCAGAAACUAAGGAGGAGUUUUAUAUUAAGGGAGACAUUUUAGUCAGUAAGACGAUAUAACCUACUUACUCCGUAAGGAGAAAUGAAGGCCCAGAGAAGGGAAGGGACUUGACCGAGGUCUCACUUCUGUUUUGAGGCAGAAGCCAGACUGACUUUCAUGGCUCCUGACUCCCAAUCCAUUUCACAAAGGGAUUCAAUCUGUUUAUAUACGUUACGUUCCUGGAUACGAGGUUUUUUGAUGUUCAGAGUAACUGACUAGUUAGUGUUAGAAAACCCUCAGGUUUUUUCCCACAGAAAAACGUCUGAAGAUGGAUUGGGUGAGGGCUGGCAAAACGAUGGCAUGCCGGGCCAGCUCCUUAACCCAAUGACCCAGUGGUGCUGCAAGGCUGGCACGGGGUCCAGGAGACCGUGUGUAACAGGUGCCCUAGGUGACCCUUAUAAUCAGGGAAGUUUGGUAAACAAAAAUCGAACCCAUGAGUGAACAUAAAUUAAAAAGUUAUCAAGCCUAUUAAAAUGGGUAUUUCAUUGGGUAGCUUUUCUCACCGUAGACAGAUUUUUUCCUUCUUCAAUGAAAAGGCUUUUUAAUUAGUACAACUGUUACUAUUUAAAAAAAGAUACCCUAAGUACUCUGUUUACUUCUGGUGAAACAAAACCAGUCAUUAGAAAUGGUCUGUGCUUUUAUUUUCCCGGACUGGAGUGGCUUUUCUGAAACACACACACACACACGUACACACAUCCCUCACUUCUCUUAAGCCAAGAAGUUUGCUUUCCCUAGCUGCAGUGUAGAUGGCUCUUGUUUUUGUUUUUUUGUUUUAAUCAUUUGGCAUUCACAUGUGGCUGUUAAUAUGUGCUUGUUUUUAAUUAAAACAAGAAGCUUUAAA